AUAGUUAUUAAGAUAGAUAGAUAAAUAGAUAGAUACUUCAGAUAGUUCUUUCUUUCUUUCUCCAACUGUAGCACAUUACAAUCCUUUAUUGUUGCUGUACCAUAUAGACUUGGAAUGGGCAGGAAAGAGUUAAACUGCAGGAUGUGGAAUCAGGUUCUCCAGCGGGAGUGACUGUGAGGAAAGCGACUCUUUGCUCUGACUCGCGUCUAUUCGAUUCAAACGAACUAAUGAAUAAAAUCUUUUGACUUGAUCAUUACACAUUAGUGUUAAUAUUAUUAAAUAUGUUGUUAACUGUAUUAAAUAUGAAUUCUGCGUUUUAAUCCGCUGUGGAGUGUGAAGAGAGUCACGCGAGUCUUUUCUGAGCAUGUCGUGAUUCCCGAGUCAGUCAAAGAGUCGUUCAGAAAUCAAGCAUCGGGAUCGUGCUGUUGUGCUGCGCGAGAUCUCCGCAAUUUCAGAAGGAUGGUGGCUGUGUGCUUCAUGUCUGGACAUGACAGCAGCUCGACCCCCAAACCUGCAGCAGUUUUAUGAGCUCUUUGUCUGAGCUCAGUUCCUCUGAAGUGUGUUUUAUGGGCUCUACAGACUGAAGUUCUGCAUUAGUUUAGAUGGUUCUGGAUUCUCAGAUUGUGAAUGAAUGAUGUUUCUCUGCAGGAUGUCAUUCAGGCUUCUGUCAGUGUUGCUCGUGUUGUUCGUGACUGAAGCUCUCUGCGCUGAACGAGAGAAUGAAGUUCUCAAACACUCAGACUCACAGGACGCCACAGAGCAGAAUGAAGUAACAAUCGCCACUGGCAACUUGAGCGAUACGUCACACAAACCUUUAUUACCAGAUGUUGACGAGUGUCUCCAGGGCGACCCUGGGCCUUGCGGUUACCAUGCCAACUGCACAAACACACCUGGAUCCUUCCUGUGCAGCUGUGUUCAUGGUUACCUGAUGAGUGCGGACGGAUGUGAAGAUGUAGACGAGUGUGUGUUAGCUGCAGUAACGGGUCUGCAGGCGUGUGGAAGUGGAGCCGAGUGUAAAAACACACCGGGAUCUUUCACCUGCUCCUGUCCGGCGGGAUUCGUGCUGGCGCUCGACGGACACAGCUGUGUCGACAUUGACGAGUGUAAUUUCGAGGAGAGCUGCCGGAGGGAACUGGGUAACGUGUGUGUGAACACAGAAGGAAGCUACACGUGUGUGUGUCAGGCUGGAUUCAGAGAGGACCGGGCUGCGUGUGUCGGUGGUCUGUGCCGAGGUUUUCUUAUAUGUGAAGAUGUGGAUGAGUGUGUGGAGGAGCAGCGCGUGUGUGUCGGUCGAGGGGAGUGCGAGAACACACUGGGCAGUUACAGGUGUGUGUGUCAGCGCGGUUACCGUGGCAACGGCACACACUGCACAGACAUAAACGAGUGUCUGACCGGGGAUCACGGCUGUGACGUCAACGCUCGCUGCGGGAACGUCAUCGGCUCGUAUUUCUGUCAGUGUCAUCAGGGAUACAGCGGAGACGGACACUCCUGCUACGAUGUGGACGAGUGCGCUCAGGAUAACGGACUCUGUGAACACGACUGCACAAACCAGCCGGGAACGUACAGCUGCCGCUGCAACACCGGAUACACCAUCACUGCAGACGGACACAACUGUACAGAUGUGGACGAGUGUGUGAGCCGUAAUGACACAUGUGAACAGACCUGCAGGAACACACUGGGUUCGUUCCUCUGCUCGUGUCGGCGCGGGUACCAGCUGCACAUCGAUGGACACAGCUGUGUGGACAUCGACGAGUGUAAACUACAGAACGGAGGCUGUUCUCACGAGUGCACGAACACAGCAGGCGGUCACACGUGUCACUGUCCCUUCCCUCUGCUGCUGGACCAGCGCAACUCCAGCUGCGUCAACGUGACGUCGUGUGCGCUGAGGAACGGAGGAUGUGAUCAUAUCUGCUCUCUGGGGGCAGAAGGUGGCGUCCACUGCAGCUGCAGGGCAGGAUGGGAGCUGAGCGCCGACCACAGAACCUGUGACGAUGUGGACGAGUGUGUGAGUUUCAGCGGCGGCUGUGAGCAGGUGUGUGUGAAUCACGCUGGCGGUUUUAAUUGCAGCUGUCUCUCGGGCUUUGAGUCGCGGAAAGACGACCCGACAAAAUGCCAACCGGUGUGUGAACCUGUCUGUCAGAACUCUGGAGUGUGUGUCGCUCCGAACACCUGCGACUGUCCGGCCGGAUACCCUGGACCGGGAUGUUCAGCCAUGUGUUCUCCACCCUGCGCUCACGGAGGCUCCUGCAUGAGGUGGAACGUGUGUCUGUGUCCUCCGGGCUGGACGGGCGACGGAUGUCACACAGCCGUGUGUGAGCUGCCAUGCAGUAACGGUGGACGUUGCGUUGCUCCAAACACCUGCCAGUGUCCCUCAGACUACAGCGGGCCGCAGUGUCUCACCCCUCUGUGUUCUCCUCCAUGUGUGAACGGCGGGAGGUGUGUGGACAUCAACACCUGCAGCUGCGCAGACGGAUGGACAGGAGCUCGCUGUCAGAUAGAACCCGUCAGAUGUGUGUCGGCGUGUAAAAACGGCGGUGUGUGUGUGGGACUCAACAGAUGCCAGUGUGUGGAUGGAUUCAGCGGAAACCUCUGCGAGACGGCUGUCACUACGCCGUGUGUUCCUCCCUGCCAACAUGGUGCAGCCUGCGGCCCUCUGAACACCUGUGUGUGUCCGACGGGGACGAGCGGCAUACGCUGUGAGAAACUCACGUGUCCUGUCGUGACGACGGUGGUCAGUAUGGCCCGCGCGGUGCGGAAAGGCUUUCGGGAGAGUUACGUGGACCGCUGCGGACCCCUGGGAGUCCAACUCUGUACUAAAUACAGGAUAAACCAGGCGCGUGUGUAUCUGCAGGCGUAUAGAGUGGGCUACAAGAUCCAGUGUCCCGACAAAACACGAUGAACCACAAGACAACAACACCAAGUCCAGUAUAAAAUCUCCCAAACAGAGAGCCAAACACAACACUGCCUCACUCACGGCAGAAGAAAUGAUCUUUAUUGGCGUUAAUGAAUCCAUGAAGAACCUUUAACAUUUCCAUUCCACAAACGGUUCUUUAGAUUUUUAAAAUGUCCUUCACAUUAAGAAAAAAAAAGUUAUUUUUUAAAACAAAUCACUGAAAGGUUCUUUGGGGAAGCAAAAAUUAUUAUUUUAUGGCAGUGAUUCUGUAUGAUUGUGUACAUUGCUUUUGCACAUUGUGCAUGUGUAUUUUUUUCAUACAAAUAAAAAAAGAUAUUUUUA